UAAAUGAGGACGCGUUUCCACCGAAAGCAGCAGCAGUCAGUCUCAGGCAGCUUCAGCUUCAGGUUCGGGACUGGAAAUGGGUCGGCAGGGGCAGAGAUGGCCAGUGUGGAUCUUAUUAUUGGGAUUGUCAGUGUGUGUCAGCGGGAUAACACGACAGGAACUUUUUCCGUUCGGGAGAAACGCAGGCGACCAGUCUCUUGAUGAAGGCAAUGAUGAGACUCAGGAGAUCAGGCUGCAGAAACCCGUAACGUUUCACGACGGACAGUUCAACACGAUUUACAUCAACACCAAUGGGUUUGUUGCCCUGGAGAAGCCAGCAGGAGAAUCCGAGUAUCUGGGCAACAUGCCGGCUGGUUUUGGGAUGAUCGCUGCUCUGCAGGGCGACCUGGACACCAGCAACGGAGUAGGAAAGGUGUUCUUCCGCCAGGACUCCAGUCCGGCUCUUCUACAGCAGGCGGCCGAUCACAUCAACAGAGCCUUCCCCGAGGAUGACGUGGUGAACCCCAUCCACGCUGUGGUGGUCACAUGGGUGGAUGUGGCGUCCCAUCGGGCUGAGAGCAGAGGAGACGGACUGGAGCACACCGGAAGACGAAAUACGUUUCAGCUGGUCAUCGCUUCUCUGGAGACGAUGUCCUUUGCGAUUCUUCUCUACCCGAGAGAGGCGAUGCAGUUCCAGAGCACCGGCAGCAGCUACACGAUGCACGCCGGCUUCAGCAAAGGAGAAAAGACUAACUUAUUCCUUUCGAAGAAGCAAGGACCGUACUAUCGCAUCACAGACGACACCGAGGCGUCUGUCAAGAAAUUAGCUGAGCAGACUAACUCCGGAAAGCGUGGCGUGUGGGUGUAUGAAAUCGGGACGUUCCCUCACUUCACAGACGUCGCUCCUGGAGAAGUGCCGGAUUUUCCUUUGGAUUCCCAGCAGCACAGGAGCACAGGAAGCCACAGCCAUCAACACCCGGUGUAUCCUGACCUGGAUGGAGUCUACCAUCGUCCAGAACACCCUCCACCCACCCAGGUGCACACGGUUCAGUUCAGGCCUGAGCGACAGACGGUCGUGGAAAUCGAAAAUGAAGACGACAUCGAGGUUGAGGUAUUUACAUACAACUCUGGUGAAUGUGGCGGACAGAAAUGCUCCAAAUUUGGCGAAUGUAGGAAUUAUCCGAGCGGACGAUGCUGCCAGUGUAAACCUGGAUACUACGGCAAUGGAGUUCAGUGUGUAUCUGACGUAUUUACAUACAACUCUGGUGAAUGUGGCGGACAGAAAUGCUCCAAAUUUGGCGAAUGUAGGAAUUAUCCGAGCGGACGAUGCUGCCAGUGUAAACCUGGAUACUACGGCAAUGGAGUUCAGUGUGUAUCUGACGUUGUAGAGGUGCAGCGUCCUGUGGACCCGUGUCGCAUCGGCACUCAUGACUGUGACAUCCCUGAACGCGCUCGCUGCAGCUAUACCGGAGGAUCGUCCUACAUCUGCACCUGCCUGCCGGGAUUCAUGGGAGAUGGGCGCAGCUGUCAGGGUGGGUCUCUACCGCUCUAUCGCAGACAUGCUUUCAUAUAUACGAUUUAUUAGAAGA